AAUCUUUCUGGCACUCUUUCUUCAGUUUUAAAAUAUUCCGUUUAAUGUAUCACGAAUUUUAUGGUGCGAUGAGUUUGUUUCAUUGUCAUUACGUAGAAUUUCCACGACUAGCUAGCGACCAUCAGCGAGUUCUCGAGUGACUCUCGAGACGUCGUAUCGCGUAGAAUGCAGGAGCAAUCUCUGCACAGUAUUAUCUAAGCCAUGGACCGUUACCCCCACCGACCUAAAUGCACACCGUAUAAAUGGUCAGAACACCUUCUAACCACUGUCAGUGAGCGUGUGCACCUAAUCUCGCCUUUCUGCAACGUGCAUCAUCCUGCAUCAUUUUGUGAAAAGAGUGCGUGACAUUAUGCGAUAAUUCGCUUCAAAUUUUAUAACAUCACUUAUAAUUUCCUUUGAUUAAUUUUGACAUUCUCUCUCGAUGUGGUACAUCUCGAUGAUUCGAAUGAUUGAUGCAAUCCUCACGAUUAAAAAUGACUAUACAAGAAUUCGAAGCGAGACGGGUGAUCAUCACUACUGUCGGCAAUGAAAUAUAAACCGAUUGAUCGAAGCUAACAAAAUUCAAAACAAUAGUGCAAAGUUAAAGUCAUUGACAUAAAUUAUGAAGUGCCAAUAUUUUGAAGUUAUCAAAUGGUCUCGCAAAAUCGAAUGUCCAAGAGUGACCCAAGUAUCGUGCUGGAUGUUUAUCUUGUUGAUUAUUUGUUCACGACGGACUUAUUCGUUGGUUUUUGAUAAUACAACGGAUCUUUUUGUUCAAAAAUGUCAAAUGGACUGCAGUUUAAAAAAAGAUUAUACAACUUGCGGCAAAUAUAAAGUCGCGAAAUGGUUGAACACAAUAGUGAAAGAAAAGGAAUUUAAUUAUGGGCCAUUUCGAAUAAUAAGGAUACCAUCGAUUUACAAGCAAUCCUUUUUGCCCUAUUUGCCACGUUCUCGAGCAUUUAAAAGUGGCAUAACGGAAGCUCUGAACUUUGUUAGAGAUAGUGUAGAGGAUUUAUUGACAAAACGUGCCAUUGUAUAUACGAUAGACAACUCGGCAGUUGCCAGAGACUUUUCCUCGAAUUUGAUGUUUAUGGAUGAGGAUGAACUUGAUCGGCUGAAGGACAGCAAAGAACCGGAAGGCGAUUGGCGAAUUUUCAAGAAGAAGAAGUCUAUAAUUCUCCCGGUUCUUAUAUUAUUAAAUUUAGUAAAACUGAAGCUACUGCUAUUACCAAUUUUCCUAGGAGUUCAUUUUAUCAAAAAGCUUCUCGUACUUGGAUCGUUAAUUUUACCAUCAGUAUUUGCGCAUUUAAAGAUUUGCAAAGUGCCACAUUCUCAUGCGCAUCAUGGACAUCCUUUCCAUCUGUGGUCCACCGCAGCGGACACAUCAGCAGAUUAUCCAACAGGAUAUGGACAAGAUGACAGUAAUUGGCAUAGAAACGAUUACCAGUUGGGAUAUCCGAGUUAUCAGAUACUACGCAAUCCUUACGGGUGAAAAUAUUGCAGAUUGAUAUCGUGACCAUCGACGAGAAUGUCGUAUUUGUUAUCUUUGGAUAAUUUUCCGAAGGCGAGCUGUAGAUGCGAGUCAAUUAUAUCGAAGCACGCGAAAUAACACUUUGACAAGUAGUGCAAUUACGAUUAAUCUAAUUGUGAUCCGUGUAAUCUUAGUAAUCGUGUAAUUUCCUGUAAAAUUGCUCGUGGCAAUCACGGUGAAUUGAUACGCGCUGAAUGAACGUCGCCAAACGCUACGUUUAUCUCGGCUACGCUCGUUCGUCGCUUAUUCUAGCAAAGAACACUCGUGAAAUAACUUUCACAUAGUUUACCGUUAUUUGAGGAACGUGUCGAUAUAUUUUAACCUUUGCGGGUUUUGAGGAAGGGUACGGUGUUAAGGAUACAUCCGGGUUUUCCUUAAAAGUCGCAUUAAACAAACGGGAACACACGGUAAAAUACCGGUCUUCUUUAAUUUUUUAAAAUGUUAAUUUAUACAACUUUCUAUCUUUUAUCUCUCAUUUCUAUAUUAUUUAUUGCUAAUUUAACAUUAAAAUGAUAUCGGAUACAUGUUCGUUGCUGAUUAGAACUGACUUAUAACUCGACGACAUUAAUAAUAAAUAUUUGCGAAACUUUUCUAGAGGCUUAUUUAUAUACUUGAGUGUAAUUGUAAAAUUAAAAAAAAAAUGCAAUUAUACUACUUUUUAUUGGAGUUAUCAAAUAAUAAAUAUUUACGUUAAAGUAUAAUUGUACUACAGUACAGUCAGCACGCCAAGUGUGGAGUUCAUUCAGGUUUAAGUAAUGCAAGUUCAAUCGUCUUUAGUCGGUUUCUAAAUAUGAUAAAUACAUGAUUACAUUGAUAUACCGUAAAGUGUUUAUUGAUCUUUGACACCAUAAGCAUUUGGCGUGCUCCUGUGCUGUAUUUCUCACAAUCUUUCCUCAAAUUUCGAAGUGAAAAUCGGAAAGACCAUACUAGGGCAGGACUCAGGAGGAUCGCUUGUGGUCAAGGUCACUCGACCGAGUACGAUGGCCCCUCUACUGACCUACUGACAGAUUUGGACAAGCGCCCGGUUUGUGGCUCAAACGCGUUCACGAACCAACUCAUGUGUCGCUGUAAUGUGUCCGUGCGUCUACUUUGACCGGUGUGUCCGUGUGCAUACACAUGUAAUCCAUGUAUGAGCCGAUCGAAGACCGUUAUCGGCUCGCGGACAGUG